CGAUAUGAGUCGGUGAUUUUGAAUUAAUCACAGACGACAGACAUGAUGAUGGCGAAUAUUGGCCCAAAAUAUUAUUCCAGAGAAUGACCAGUUUAACGUUUCAGGCUGCACGACGGGCUGUAGUGAAAUGUAAAACAUUCUUUGACAAACAUUAUUUGUUAGCCAAUAUUGGAGUUUAUGGUGGAUUGUAUUGUUUGGGUGAUAUAACAUGCCAGACAAUAUCUCAUGCAAAUACAGAAUUGACUCAUGACUGGCAAAGGACUAAACGUAUGACUAUAAUAGGUUGUACAGUAUUACCUAUAAUGAACACUUAUUUCUAUCGUGUCUUGGACAAAGUUAUAAUUGGCAGUUCAUCUCGAGUGGUCUUGCUUAAACUGGUAGUCGAUACAUUUGCCUGGGCGCCUGUAUGUUUUACUGCAUUUAUAAGUGGUAAGUUAUCCAGUAUACACUUAACUAUAUACAGACUAUAAAGACUAUUAUAUAUGAAAUGUUACACGUCUAGUAUAUGCCGCAGCACAAGUCAUCGGGAUGAUGGAUAUGGAUCAUUUGGUAUCGGGCCUAUCGGUGGAAUUGCGCAAUAUUUAGCAGAGCACAUCAAGGGACUUGGGAGUUAGAUAAGGUGGAAUAUAAUAUAGGUCUGUUAGCAACUCCGCAUUUUCCACAGAGUUAUUAUCAUCUAUAGGAAGUAUAAUAUACAGCGAUCCACAUAUUUCAUUGUAUUUCAUUGAGGGUACAUGAUAACAACCGCAAAAUCAGAUGAACUUUUAAGGCACAGACUUCGUGUGUUGUGUCUGUGUUCAGUGUUGCGUUAAAAUGUCUUAGACAAUUCGGAUAUUCAGGCAUGCACAUCCUAUUUUGUUUUUGGGAAUUACAAUCAUAUACUCCCUGUAUCACCACACACCCUUAACUCAUUAGGAUGCAAUGCUAAUGAGCCCAAUGAUCCCAGAGACGUAGCCACGGGCUGGGGGAGGACCCUCGCGUUUCGGCUUAUAGGCGUGACAAACCUCUACAGGAGGUUCUUAUUUUAACAAGAACGUCUUGGUCAAAUAUAACCAGAUUCUUGAUUACAUCGAGUUCAACCAGGCUAUGGUAGGACUAUUAAGUUAACCCAAACAGUGUUAUUGUAGAUUAACCAAAACGUUUUAACCAGAGUGUUUUUAGAAUGCCUGAAUAUAUACCUGAUCCCCUAAUGUUUUUCAGCUAUUACACUAUUAGAGGGCAAAGGUUGGUCAGAAGUUAAAGAAGAACUAAUUAUCAAAUUUCCCCCAGUUUUUAAGGUAUAUAUACUAGAGUGACAUCACGUUUCAGUUGAAACAAUUUGAGACAAUAGUGGGGUUUGGUAUUUUGCAUUAAUUCAAAAUUUAUCUCCAAACUGUUUUCACCACCUUAUCCAUGACAUAAAAAUAUGUUUAAAAUACUCGUUAAUAAUACAUACACCUUGUGGCAAAUCAUGUCUGAUAAAACUCACCUUCAUUAGUAUUCUUUAUAUAAUUGUUCAUCCUAAUUAGUAUGAUUAUAUAAUUGUUCAUCCUAAUUUAUAGUAUUCUUUUGUAGUCGUAUUUUAAGCUAUUCAAAACACUCGUUGUCGUGUUUUAAACAGUAGAGACCUUACGAUUUUAGGACGGCAACGCGUCGGCAACGGCUACCAAUACAAUAGAUCAUUGAAAAGAAUUGAGUAAUUACAGUAUAUGAAUAAUUUAGACAUUGUCCUCGCUCUGUUUACAACGCUAAAUCACAGAUUUUCACGUCUUGAUACAACGCCAACGGCUGCAUUCCAAGCUACAACAAGUGCAACUUCAAACUGGGUUUAGCAGAACUCUUCCCAACCAUAAAACCCAUAUCUUCAACUUCUAAACCAGUAUUAAAUUCAUACGAUUGAUAAUAUACGACGAACUAUCUUUACUACCAUUUAUUAGGAUUCUGUUUUGGCCAUCGCCGUCGCGUUGCCGUCCUAAAAUCGUAAGGCCUCCAGUACAUAUUCAAUCAGAGCAGUCGUCAUAACUGUAUUUAUUCUAUGGAUAACCGAUCCCUCAUUGUCUCAGAUUUCAAUUCGAGAUGUUCAUUAAAUUUGUUAAGCCAGAUUAUCGAUUUUUCGGACUCGUACGAACUUUGAACCUUUUACGGACAUUUCGUUAACGGUGUACGAGAAUUUUAUAGUGAUAUGCUCUUCGAACUAAUACGUACGUUUAUUAUACUGUACAUAAUUUUAUACCAAAUAACAAUAAAUAAUAUUUUCAUUUCUAUUUAGAAUAGUCUACUUGUUUGGCCCCUUGCACAGGUAAGCUGCGUUAUCAGGAUUUGGGUUCCAUACAAUGAUGCCGAUUUCUAUAUAUUUUUUUCGAUAAACUUUUGCAUAUUUCUUUCUAUAGGCAGUAAAUUUUGCAUUUGUACACCCACGUUUUCGAAUGGUGUACAUUUCAGUCAUUGGCUUUUGUUGGGUUAAUGUACUUUCAUAUCUUAAACAUAAGGUCAGUAGUACAUGUGGCAUGCAAUAAAAAAUGGAAAUAUUUAUAUUAUUUACCAAGACAUUUUAUAUAUUGCAAAACCUCUUGCAUC